AGCUCGAUGUUGUUCUUCACAAAACGGCAUUCAGUCGACAGCUUCCAAACUUGAAGUGCAGUUAAAAUAUAAUCUCAUUGAUAAAAUGCAUCGAGUGUUGUUAACUGUUCUCAUAAUCACUUUUGUGAGUUUAUGUGCUGCCCAGUUAAAUUUUACACCUAAUUGGGGAAAACGCACACCGACCGAAGGCGAAUCCAACAGAUGCAAGGAAUCCGUGGACACUAUUAUGCUUAUAUACAAAAUUAUUCAGAACGAGGCGCAGAAACUAGUGGAUUGUGAGAAGUAUUCAAACUAACAUGAAUUGAAACGAUUUAUUUUAUGCCCAUGUGUGAAUUUAAUUAUUUAGUGUUACUUAUUUAUUUAUUCUUGAAAUAUAAUAGAAAAUGUGGUCAAUAAAUAUACUGAGUUUAUUAUA